CUUUUUACCAAAAUAAAGGACUGCAUAAGUAUUAGUCAGGAAAUAAAGUGAACUGCGUGGGACCUCACCAUCAAGAAGCCCAAGGCACAGGAGGACCAGUGGGAGGCUGAUAGAUCCAUGGAGGGAAAUAUCGAAAUCUUAAACCUGGAUAUGAAGCCUGGGGACACCCUGAAGGUGAAGGGCAAAAUACCUGCUGAUGCUGUUGGCUUCAGCGUCAAUCUUGGCUGCAGCUCCAGAGAUCUGGCAUUUCACUUCAAUCCCCGCUUCAAUGAGUCUGUCAUCGUCUGUAACUCCAAGUGCUCCGACGCCUGGCAGACGGAACAUCGUGACCGCCACCUCUCUUUCUUCAGGGGCUGCACCGUCAAGUUCUUCAUUGAAAUGCUGUCAGACAGAUUCCGUGUGAAACUGCCGGAUGGUUAUGAAGUGUACUUCCCCAACCGGCACGGCUACCGCAGGAUCAACUACAUAAGCAUCGUGGGAGGCUUAAAGAUGGUCUCCUUCAAGCUGUUCUGAUGGGCACUGCUUCCUAGCUCUAAUAAAAUCCCAAGCCAGUGGAAGACUGCUUUUUCUUCUG